AUGGGUAUUAAGGGCCUUCUCCCAUUCCUGAAAAAUGCCUCAGUCCAUGUUAAUCUGUCUGACUUCAGUGGCUAUGUUGCUGCUGUGGAUGCUUACUGUUGGAUUCAUAGGUCUUCGUACGCAUGUGCCUCAGAUUUGGCGCUAGGAAUCCCAACUGAUCAAUAUGUCCGAUAUGCUAUGAAGUACAUCAAUUUGAUGAAGUCGUGCAAUGUGAAGCCAAUCCUGGUAUUUGAUGGGAUGGAUCUGCCGUCAAAGGCAGAAACAGAUUUAAAACGCCGAGAGGUUAAAGAAAUUAAUAGGAAGAAGGCGUCCGAGUAUCUUUUGCAGGGGAAUAAGGCGGCUGCGCAGGAAUGCUUCGAGAGGUCUGUAUUUGUCACGUAUGAGAUGGCACAUGAAGUUCUUCGAGCUGCUCGUAAUAUGGGCGUCGAUUGUAUUGUUGCACCAUACGAAGCAGAUGCUCAGUUGGCCUAUCUUAAUCGGACUGGUUAUGCAGACUUCGUCAUCACUGAAGAUUCUGACCUACUGUUGUUUGGAUGCAGACAGGUCAUAUUCAAACUUGAUUUAUCGGGGUCUGGGGUUCUCGUAGCAGCUGCAUCUGGCAUAUGUGAGUGCUGUGGGAUCCCCGCCAGCCAGUUUACUGAGUCCAAAUUUAGAUUUAUGGGCAUUAUGGCGGGUUGCGAUUAUUUCAGUGGAAUUCCUGGCAUAGGACUGACUACUGCUGCAAAGAUAUUACGUCAAACACGUAUAACUAACUUUAGAGAACUUCUGUCGAAAUUGGGUUUCUAUGUCAAGCUCAAUAGUAAUGCUUUAGGAGAGGAUAGCAAUAAAGUCACAUGCAGUGAUGCUGCUCGUGGUAAGAAACAAGGAGUGAAGAAAACUGACCAGAGAAAGAGUUCCCAAAUAAAUGAAACACUUUUGAAUGCGGCUGUACGUGCUGAGAGGACUUUUCGACUUCAGGUCAUUUUCGAUGUCGCAUCCAGAUGUCAGAAGCGUUUCAGUGAACCUACUCCUGAAGAUACUGAAGAAGAAAUGCAUAUUGUAAGCUCAUUGGAGGGAUCAAACGAAGACGAAAUUGACCUAUUUGGAUAUGCUGGCCGGGUAUUAAAAGACAAUGAAAAGGCAUUCAAUUUGGCUCUUGGGAACAUCAGUUGCUCUGAUGGUACUGUUGUGGAUAAUUACAUACCCCAAAAAUCAAUAGGGGGUGUACAAUCAAACGGAGCUAUCACUGGAUAUUCGAGUAUUCAAACCAAAAUACAAUCCUUUAAAAUGAAACCUAAUCCAGAUCGUCUAAGAAUGAGCAUAUGGGAUAAAAACUACCCCAUUCAAAAGGUUUGGCUUCAUCGUACUCAGAAUGGAUGCAUUGAGCCCGUUUCAGAUAUCUUGUCGAUAGGUCCAAGUAUUUCUCCUACGGGGAAGGAAAAUAAACGCCCAGUUGAAGAAUCACCAGUAAAAUCACUGGGAUUGAAAAGAACGCAGUCAACUUGUGGACGUCAAAUAUUAGUACCCGCAACUAUUCAACAAAGUCUUAAAGCUUUGACAAAUAACGCCGCUCCCCUCAAAUUGGUAAGCUCUUCAGUGGAUGACACUUCCGAUGUUUUGCAAUGUUACGGUCAAAAUAAUGAAGUUCCAACCACACCUAAAUUAAAAAGUCGAAGUACUCUUUCAUCGUCGAUUGUUUCUGCCUCUUGCUACUUUCCAAAAGAGGAUAAAGUUGACGAUGUAGCAGUAGCAUUAGAUGAUGCUAUCAACAAUAUACAAAAUGAUGACCAUUCUGUUCUUUCAUACACUCCUCGUAGCCCAGUGUUUUAUAAGGUUAACUCAAAUCCGUUUCGGUUAGCUGCCACGUCAUUUCUCUCCUCAUCAAAAGAGAAAGUUGCUACAGAUGUAGAUAAUAUAAUUAAACCAGAUAACGAAGAUAUACAUGAUUCUUCUAAUGCUUCUAGCCAUUUGAAAUCUGUCCGUCGACACAAUUUCAAUUUUGAAUAUUUUCAACACAAGAAACCUAAUCAAUCUUUGUGCGUCAUUUCUCCUUCCUCGUGUGUCGAUUCAAACAAGCAACAAAACUACCCUGCUUCUCCCCCAAUACUUGACUUAAACCAUUCAACAGUUGAGUUACAGGACAGUUCAUCAGGCGAUUCGUCUCCUAGCUUUCUGAAUGCUCAUAAAUUUUCUUCUCAAACUUCUACAAGUCUAUCAGACAGAAAAAUUGUUUCUAUUAAAGGUUGUAUUCAGAAUUGUAGUUAUAACUCAAGUGGAAAAGAAUCCUCUCCUUUUCUGAGUACACCUCUGAAAGAAGAUACUAUAAACUCAAGCUUAGAACAAAAUACUGUUUCAAAAAUAUCAGAUAAUAACUUCAAAUGUAAAAAUCGUUCAAAAGAAUCUUUACAACCAAAGACGACAGUUAAAAGUCAUCUACCUGUACAGUCAUCCAAUUUGGAUUCCUUUUUCCAGAGAUGGAAAUUCAAGCGCACCAGUACCUAA